AAAAAAAAAUUAACCUCAAAAUUUUUCUUUGUCCACAGAUUCAAAAGACAUCACGGAUGACAUAACGAGCAAAAUGUCAAUGUCAACGAGGUAGCCAUUACGAAUCCAAGAUGGCGGCACACGACAAAGAUUGGGUCGAUUACUUCGGAGAUUUCAACGACACGAGACAAAUAGUUGACAGUGACAGUACAGAUUUAGAUAUUUCAAAGCUUAAUUAUUAUGAUAAUCAAACUGGUUAUCCUGGUUAUUCGAACUUUAGCUCAGAUGAUUUCUGCCUGUCAAACCAUUCACAUUUCUACUUAAAUGUCACUUGCGAAUUUCCGAUUAAUUAUGCCGAACCUAUGUAUGGGUACAUUGCACCGUUCCUUCUAGCAACAACGACUGUAGCGAACACACUAAUCGUCGUGGUAUUAUCGAGACGACACAUGAGAACUCCAACGAAUGUAGUACUAAUGGCUAUGGCUCUCUGCGAUAUGUUCACCAUGCUGUUCCCAGCACCAUGGCUCUUCUAUAUGUACACUUUUGGAAACCAUUAUAAGCCCCUGAGUCCGGUGAGAGCGUGUCAAGCAUGGAAUUAUAUGAACGAGGUGAUACCGGCAAUGUUCCACACGGCGAGUAUCUGGCUAACCCUGGCUCUGGCAGUGCAGCGCUACAUCUACGUUUGUCAUGCACCAGUCGCUCGAACAUGGUGUACAAUGCCCCGUGUGAUGAAGUGUUUGGUGUAUAUUGGCGUGGCCGCCUUUCUUCACCAGCUGCCCAGGUUCUUCGACCGUCGGUACGUGCCACAGAUCACAGUCUGGCGAGGACAUUUUGAAGAAGUUUGCAGAAUCGAAAUGGCUCCGUGGGUGCAAGCAAUAUCUCUGGACGCCUACUUCAUAACAUACUACGGUUUCCGAGUCCUCUUCGUGCACCUCAUACCUUGCACCUCUCUGGUGGUCCUCAACGUCCUCCUCUUCAGAGCUAUGAGAACUGCCCAGAUCAACAGACAGAGACUCUUUAAGGAAAAUAGAAAAUCCGAGUGCAGAAAACUUAGAGACUCCAAUUGCACAACUCUGAUGCUUAUUGUCGUUGUUACCGUCUUCCUUUUAGUCGAAAUUCCCGUGGCAGUCGUCACUAUUCUGCACAUAAUUUCAAGCACUAUAGUCGAAAUUUUAGAUUACUAUAUAGCGAACAUUUUGAUUCUUAUAACCAAUUUCUUUAUCUUGGUCUCUUAUCCUAUUAAUUUUGCUAUUUACUGUGGUAUGUCUAGGCAGUUUAGGGAGACGUUUAAAGAACUGUUCAUUCGAGGAGCUGUGACUAGCCGUAAGAAUGGCGGCUCUAGUAGAUACUCCCUGGUCAACGGUCCCAGGACAUGCACAAAUGAAACCGUGCUGUAAAUCACGGCAUUCUUGUAAAUAUUCUUAUGAUAGAGUAAGGUUUUCGAUUACUUUUAACUGUCUAUGUAUCUAGUACUAGGGACAUAUCAAUGCACAAUUUAUUUUCUGAACGUAAAAUAUUUCGAAGAAUUUACCUUCUUAUGGUAAUGGUACCUAAAGGUG